AUGACAAGAAACCCUGUGCAUAUUAAUCAGUCAGUCCAAUCACAAACAUGGCUGCCGCCUUCUGAAAAACUUCCCACGAUCUCCCCAUCACCUCUUUCUGAUGACUUUCUCUUUAUUCUAUCUACUGCGUUCUCAGUUUUACCUUCUUUUUCUAAUUUCUUAUGGUCUUCCGCCUUUUUAUUUUCUUACCUUUUCCUCACCUUGCCUUUUUUCUGUCUUUAUCUUUUAUUUUUAAAUUUUUAUUUCCUUUUCUAUUCCUUUCUACUUCCUUUUUAUUCUAUCUUCCGUUUCUACCAUCGACAUUUUCUCUGGUCUUUUCUUUUGGCACAUUUGCUUUUUCUUCUUUUUUUCUCUUUUCAUUCCUACAGUCUACACUAUCCCUUUCAUUCCAUCUAUUUGUUCUGUGUUUCUCCCUUUCUCACUCUCUCUCUCUCUCUCUUCUCUCUCACUCUCUCUCUCUCUUCUCUCUCACUCUCUCUCUCUUCUCUCUCACUCUCUCUCUCUCUUUCUUCUACUUAUUUCUUUCAUUAUUUCUCUUUCUCUUUUUUUUUCUCUAUUUCUCCAUCUUCUUUCGUUGACUUCUUUCCUCUCUUUAUUUUCUCUCUAUUCUCUCGUUGUCGCUUUUCUACUCUUUCUUUUUUUUCUCUAUUAUUUCCUCUUCUGUUUAUUUCUUUAUUCGCUAUAGCUUCCUCUCCCUCUCUUUCUCAUUAUCUUCCAUCUGUUCCCUUUCUCUCUACUCUUCUGCUUAUCUCCCUCCCCCCCCUCUCUCUCUCUCCCUCUCUCUCUCUCUCUCUUGUUGCCUUUUCUUCUUUUCUAUUGUCUUUUUCUUGCUUUUCAUCAUUUCUCUCAUUCUACACCAGACUCCUUUAUCUUCUUUUUCCUUUACUUUGUUGCCGCCUCUCUUUAUCCUCUUUUAAGUGUACUUUUCUCCCCUCACUCAUUCCUUAUUUUUCUUUGUUUUUCACCUUCUUUUUUGUCUAUUCUUCCUCCGAUUGUUCCUGCUUCCCCUUCUCUCUCUCUCCUCAUUCGCUUGCCUCCCUUUACUUAUUUUUCUCCUCUUCUUGCCGGACUAUUCUUUCUCUUUCUCUAACUUCUUUGUUUCCUUGUUUCUAUCACUCAGUUUUAUUCCUAAGAAUUGAGUCUCGUAUUUAUCUUCUUCUUUAUCAUCAUCAUCAGCUACUCCUCCUUUUCUUCUUCUUCUUCUUCUUCUUCUUCUUCUUCUUCUUCUUCUUCUUCUUCUGCUGCUGCUUCUUCUUCUUCUUCUUCUUCUUCUUCUUCUUCUAA